UAUCUUUAUUUUAGAACGAAUAUUGAACGUAACGAAACGAACGGUAAAAGGAAAAUUGCAAAAUGGUGAUCUCCUCUUUCAAAAGAUCGCAGUCAAGUGAGGUGAGACGCGCCAGCCGGCGCCAUGGCUGCCGGAGGCGAGUUCGUUGAGGGUUGGCUCGUCGCGCAGGUGCUCGGUGAAGGUGCCUACGGAGAGGUGCGUCUACUGGUGCACGCUCGCACCGGUGCGGCGGUGGCGCUGAAGGUGUCGCGGGCGGGCGGCGUGGAGGCAGCUCGCGAGGCAGCCCUGCAGCGCGCCCUCCGUCACCCGCACGUACUGCGAUGCCUUGGAGAACGCGUCCACCAGGGCCUGCAUUACAUGUUCCUCGAAUACGCACAGGGUGGGGAACUCUUCGACAGAAUCGAGCCCGACGUGGGCAUGAGCGAGUCAUCGGCCCGGCGCUACUGGCGCCAGCUGCUGGCCGGGCUGCAAUACUUGCACGGGCGCGGCGUCGCGCACCGUGACAUCAAACCGGAGAACCUGUUACUCGACCACGAUGACAAUAUUAAGAUAUCCGAUUUUGGGAUGGCGACGCUCUUCAGGCACGGGUCACGCGAGCGGUUACUGUCGCGUGUGUGCGGCACGGUUCCGUACGCGGCGCCGGAGGUACUAGCGGCGGCGGAACGGCCGUACCGCGCCGCGCCCGCUGACCUGUGGGCUGCUGGCGUUGUGCUACUGGCUAUGCUCGCUGGAGAGUUGCCAUGGGAACGGGCCGAUAUGGCGGACGUUCGGUUCGCGGCGUGGAGCGCGGUCACGGGCGGUGAUGGUGCUGCCUCUAUAACUCCUACUCCGGCACUCAGCGGCGCGUGGCGCAAGCUGCCGAACUUGGCGGCUGCGUUGUUGUGGCGGGCGCUGCACCCGCGCCCCGAGCGCAGGCCCGCGCUCUCUGCGCUAAUGGAACACCGCUGGCUGCAGGAAGACGAGCCGCCUCGUGCCUCACAACGGCGCCGUAGCCCACCAGUUGCGACGUACUCCGCGAGCAACACUGGCGUUAUGCGCGACGUGGCCCUUUGGCGAUUUAGCUCCAUGACGUUAGGGCGCAUUCCGCGUGUCGCGGUCACAGCCGGCGGUGAGCGAGGCCGGGGGCGGGAGCUGUCAGCCGCCGACAUGGAGGCACUGGUGAGCUACUCGCAGCCGAGCGCCGCCGACGACCUGCUGCUAGCCUCGCAGCCCGACGCCGCCACCGCCUGCACGCAGCCAAAUGUAAUGCAACGACUGAUGAAGCGUAUGACGCGUGUCUGGAUGUUGUGCGAUGAACAGGCAGCGCUACAGGCUUUGUGUGCGGUGCUGCGAGAGAAGGGAUACGUAUGGCGGCACGUGAACCCGCGUCUGCUGGCGAUUGAAUGCAGCGCGGAACUGCAUAUGCGGGCGCAAGUAUGCGCUGCGGGUGAGGACGCGAGCCCGGCGGCGGCGCGAUCACAACUAGAGUUUAGAAGAGCGCGCGGCUGCGGCCUGCAGUUCAAGCGAUGCUUUGUACAGUUGCGGGCAGCCCUGCAGCCUCUCACCGCUCCCUGCUGAUCACGAGAGGACGAUAUGCUACGGGACCAUUGAUUGCAUUUCUAUUUUAUCUCUGACAAGAUGUUUACGGUCGAGCGAAAAGAUUGCCCACCGAUCGUUAUUGACUCGCAUGUCUUGGAUUGUGAAUUAUGUGAUAUUUUAAUGUAAUAAAAAGCAACUAUAUUUCUAA